CUGAAUUGGGAAAUAAAAUAAAAAGACUUUUUUACCCUCACUAUAUACGCAGAAAUGUAAGCCAAAUCAUAUCAUUUCUACCCAGCAAAGACUCAGCAGCUUUGCUGGGAGAAGAUCUCCACCUUCGUAAAGGAUCUCCACCUUCGUGAAGAUCUCCAUCUCGGUGUGCCGAUUUCAACCUUCAUUCGCCGGAAAAUUCACCGUCGGCACUGAAAAACUCUCAUUACCGGCAUGGAUAGUGUUGCUACCAGUCAUUCUCGAAAGAAAAGUAAGGGGAAGGCAGAUGCUGGUUCAAUUGGGAGUCGUAGGAUUUGGACGAAGAGGGAGGAGUUGUUUCUCAUAAGUGCAAUGAGAGAUUUGUGUAAUAAUCCUAAAUGGAAGGUUGACAAUGGGCAAUUUAAGUCAGGGUUUUAUGGCGAACUUGAGAAGAGAAUUGUCAUGGCUUUUCCUGGAAGUGACCUUCGUGCUUGUCCUCAUAUUGAGUCAAAGAUAAAAAUUUGGAGGAAACACUAUGGCCUUUUGUAUGAAAUGACUAAGCUUAGCGGGUUUGGAUGGAAUGACACUGAGAAGAUGGUUCUUGUUGAUAGUGAUGAGGUUUGGGAAAACUUUGUUCGGAGACAACCAAGUGCGAGUUCUAUGCGAAACAAGUCAUUUCCAUAUUAUGAAGAUUGGCUUGUUCUCUUUGGCAAAGACAGAGCCACUGGUGAGUUAGCGGAAGAUCCUGCAGAUGCAGUUGAAGCAAUUGCUGUGGAGGAAGCCAUGGGGGAGAAGGGUGAUGGUUCUCCAGCUAAGCAAUUCAAUGUUGCUGACUUCGAGUGUUCAAUGUCUACAAAUGGAAAUGCAUCCAACUCUUCUACCUUUAGCAAGGGAGGAACAAAAAGAGCGAGGACUACUGAAGGAAUCGCAAGUAAUAUUGCUACAAUGACAGAGACACUUGGAUCUUUUUUGGAUAAAACGGACACUAGAUUGGGUGAGAUUGUUAAAAGGAUUGGAUAUCAACAUGACUUAUCCCAAGCUAGGAGAAGUGUCAAUGCUGAACUUCUGAAGCUCCCCCUUACAUCAACUCAAAGGUUGACAGCAGGUUCUCUCAUUGUCAAAGAUGCUCAACGAGUUGACUUCUUUUUCAGUCUCUCCGAUGCCGACAAAUUAGAGUGGGUAUGUCUUUUGUUGGGAGGGCACAUAUGAGUACACAUGUUGGGGAUCGUGGUUUAUUCGACACAAUAGAAUAUAUAAUCGUAUUUGAUAAUGUGGGAAUUUAGUUGUGUAGAAGAUAUUGGAGAUGCUAUAUUUCUAGCUUACACACAUUACUGUUCUACAAACUAUUGUGAACAUUGCUUUUCUUAGUUUAA